GGUUGGUUUGAGAGUGAGGUUGUGCGCCGUCUUUUCGUAGAAAAAAGCAAGUGAAACGAAGCAAAUUCUCAUAGCUCCGCGAUUUUGCCUGUUUUUCUACCGGGAACGGCCACAAAAUCUCCGUCACCACGUCCAGCUUUUCGCACGGAACGUGUCGCAGAACCCAGCAUCCGGCCUACCGGCGUUUUUCGCUAAUCCGUGCUAAUCUAAGCAAGCCGUGAAAGGCUGCGUGCGUGUGUGUGUUCCAGUGUGUGUGCGUGUGUGGUAUUGAACCUAACGGAAAAAUGGCAGCAGUUGCCCUCAGCGAAAAGGUCCUUUCGGCCAAAUCCAUCAUCUGCGAUGUGGAAGGAACGACGACGUCGAUAAGUUUUGUCAAGGAGACGCUCUUCCCUUAUGCUCUGAAGAAUGUCGAGGAAUACUUACGCAAGAACUGGAGUGAAGAUGCUACUAAAACGGUAGUUCAAGCAUUGCGCGAACAAGCUGACGAAGAUAAAAAGGCUGAAUUAGAAGGUGUCAUUCCGAUACCAGCCGAGGACUCGGAAUCGAUCAUCCCGGAUGUAGUAAAAAAUGUGGAAUGGCAAAUGUCGCAGGACCGUAAAACCGGAUCGCUGAAGACGCUGCAGGGUCUAGUUUGGACUAAAGGCUACAAGGAUGGCACCAUCAAGGGCCAUGUAUACGACGAUGUGCAGAAAGCAUUCGAACAGUGGACAGAAAAUGGACGUAAAGUUUAUAUUUACUCCAGCGGCAGUGUUGAAGCUCAGAAGUUGCUGUUUGAGCACAGCGAACAGGGAAAUCUGCUCAAAUACCUGACCGGACAUUACGAUACAAAAGUUGGUGGAAAGCGCGAAAAGGAGAGCUAUCAGUCGAUCGUGAAAAAUAUUGAUGUUUCGGCCGAAGACGUGCUGUUCCUAACCGACAUUGUGGCGGAAGCUAAAGCAGCCAAGGAAGCAGGACUGAAUGUUGUGUUGUUGGAACGGCCUGGCAAUGCCGAACUAUCUGAGGAAGAUCGUAAGGAGUUUACCGUCAUCAAGACAUUCUCUGAUUUGUCGUUCGAAACGGUGCCGGAGGAAAACGGCACAUCAGCUAAUGGAAAACGUAAAAUUGAUGAAACCAUCGAGGCUCCAGAGGAGGACAAAGCUCAGGAACCCCCCGCAAAGUUAGUGAAAGUGGAAGAUGGAAAAAAAUCUGAGGAAAUUGCAAAUGGCAAAUCGGACGAAAAAGUGGCCGAAGAGGUUGCUGAAAGUAAAACACCGGUAGCAUCGAAGGAAGGCGAAGCAGUUUUAAAGAAAUCCGAUGAACCGGAGGGUAAAAAAGAAGCCGAGGAGCAGAUGGAGGUUGAUGCUGAGGUUGGCAGCAAGGAGCCCGAAGAUAAAAAAGCAGAACCAGAGAAACAAGAAGAAAAAAUGGAGGAAGACACUAUUUUAGAUACUAAGGACAAAAUUGUUGAAAAACCCACUGACGAGGAAAUCGAAAAAAAAAUUGACGAAUCGAAAACAGAGGCCGAAAAAGAAAAAGAUAGCACUUCGGUCAUGGAUGUUGAUGAGAAAAAGAAAGAAGCUGUAGCAAAACAGGAAGAUGUCAAAGAGGGAGAAUCUAAAGAAGAUGACGCCACUAAAAAAAUUGAUCCUGUCUCGGAUGUCACUGAUUCUGUGAAGGAAGGAUUGGAAAAGGCUAAAAGCGAGGAAAAGGUGGAAGAUUCCAAAGAAAGCAAACCCGAAGCGAGUAGCGCAGCAACAGAGGAAUCUAAGGCUGUAGUGGAUCCAGUAGAAGUAAUCUCGGGAGUAGAAUCUGCCUCUAAAGACCAGGCGGAAGAGGUAGCAACGGAGGCAAAGGAAGAAACGAAGAAAGAGGAUGCUAAAUCAGAAACCACCACCUCCGAUCCAGCGAAUAACGAUAAAGAGGAAAUCACUGAGAACGCUACCACAGAGAAAGCAGCAGAAAACAAAGCGACUGCCACAGAUGCUGCUGAGCCGGUUGUUGAUGAUAAACCGGCUGUUGCUACAAAUGGAAACGGCAAUGGUGUUACGGGAACUGAAGACGAAAAGAAUGAUAGCGACAAAGAAAAUGACACUUCGACUACCAACUGCGAUGACGAUGAUGCCGCAGGCGGUGAAAAGACGAAUGGUACUACUAAUCCUUCUGAAAAUGGCACCAAUGAAACAGAGACACCAGUAGAUAUUAAAACCAAGACAUUGGUUGAGCCAGUAUCAACGGUUGUAGAGACAGAAUCGUAAGCAACAAAAUGCAACUAAAACUAUUACAUGUAAGCUCCCCCCUCACCCCUCUGGCGCACGGAUAAAUGUGGAUUGAUGAAAAGCUGGCUUACACCAUCUGGCGUGUUUGCUAGGAACUCGAAUUCUUAAUAUCUACAUUUUUUUACAAACGUAUUUAUAUCAUUUGAUGCCACGUACAGAGUAAGUCAAGAGUAAAAUUGAAUAUCAACGUUACUUAAACAAACCACACACCAUAUGUGAGAUGAUGAAUGUUUAAAUGUUCGGUGCGAUCCUAUUUUAUUAUUCCGGUUGCUACUAUUAAUGAUCAUCAUACUAUCUCACCACCAAGUAUUCGUAUAUUGAAUGCCACAAGUAAUGAAAAGGAAGGAGCGAUACAGUUUGAGUGUCGCUCGACAACCAUCAGCACAACAUUACAUUAAGCAACUACGAACAAUAGGAGCUGCUAGUUUU